AUGGGUGUGUUCUCCUCACAGCCCGAGCAGCCCCAAGUCAUGACAACAUCACCGGUCAAACCCAAGGUGAUCAUCGUUGGAGCGGGAAUCUUUGGUCUUAGCACAGCGUAUUAUCUCGCAGAAGAUGGUUACAACAUUACAAUCUUUGACCAGCACGCGUACGACUCUGGCGACGGGUACAAACUCAACCCAGGAUCCACUGCCGCAUCAGUAGACGAGAAUAAGAUAUUUCGCGCAUCGUACGGAGAUGAGCUGCACUAUCAGCGGCUGGCCUAUGAAGCCCGUGAGAUUUGGAAGAAAUGGAGCGCAGAACUAGGGGAUGGAAAGGAACUAUUCGUCGAGUCUGGGAUGCUGCGCGUGCAGCACUCGACGCAGCUCGACGCGCUCGAGUGCCAGACGCUUGCGAACAUGAAGGCAGAGGGAUUACGCGAUACUCAGUAUGUGCUGACGAAUGAGGAGGACGUGCGCCGGGCGACUAAGAAUGGAUGGGCGCAUAAACUGCUGAAGUUCGCAAUACCGGAUGGCAAGGAUGUCACUUUUGAGGCGGUCUUAGAUUCAACUGCGGGCUACGUCUACCCGAGUAAAGCUUGCGCAUAUCUGGCUGACAAGUUGCGCAAGAAGGGAGCAGAAUUUAUCGAAGGUCCCGACAAAGGUGUCUUCGUUUCUUUUCAAGUCGAAGGCUCGGGACCGUCUAGACGAAUCACGGGUAUCGUCACAAAAGACGGCAAUGAACAUUUCGCUGACCUUGUCAUAAUGGCCUGUGGUUCAGCGACGCCCAUGUUGGUUCCAGAGGUCAGUCGAGUGCUAGAGGCAACUGCGGGGAGUGUCAUUACGAUCCAUCUCCCUCCCCGAGAAGAAGCACCCCAGCUCUGGGAUAAAUAUUCGCAGGAGCAGUGGCCAGUUAUCAUCGGCCAUGACCCUGAUCCAGAAGGGAGGACGGUAGGGAGUCGAAGUAUAUACUCUUUCCCCCGGACAGAGGAUGGGUUGAUAAAGAUAGGCUAUCGCGUGACGAAGUAUACCAACUACGUCAAACUACCAGAGUUUUCACGCCCGAUAUCGGUCCCCUUGCGGCCGGGCCUCGACGAUACGUCAAUACCGCUCAAAUCAAUUGAAGGCAUCAAGACCUUUGUAUCGACAUUCCUCCCCGACCUCGCCGCUCUGCCCGUCGCCGUCACACGAUUGUGCUUCUAUACAGACUCAGUCGAUAACUCGUUCCUCAUAGAUUAUCUGCCUGACUACAAUGAUUCCCUCUUUAUUUGCACGGGCGGAAGCGGCCACGGAGCCAAGUUUACGCCAAUCCUAGGCAAGCAUGUCCGCGAUGUCGUCCAGAAGAAGCCAAAAACGGACCUGACGUACCGCUGGCGUUGGCGUCCGGAGCUGCCUCUUGGCAACGGUCUCGAGGAGGGGCCUGAUGGGCCAAGGACUCUGGAUAAGCAGAAGAGGGCAUCACCGGAAGAUCUAAAAAGAGCCGGCUGGUAA